AUGGUGCUGAAGGUUCAGGUGGAGGAGACGGCGGGCCGCGUGGGAAAGCGCGUGGCGGCGUUGGAGGCGAAGCUGAGGGAGCAGGGCGACGACAUGGCUGCCAUGCAGAGCGACAUGGCCGACAUGCGCCGCGCCAUGGCCCUCCUCAAGGGCAUGGCGGCGACGGGCGCUUCGGCUGAGAAAAGUGAGGGAGAGGCGGGAAAACGGAGUGCGCCGGGAGAGCAAUCGCAGGGUGGCGCGCAGCCGAACGGCGCCCAGGAAAGGGAAGAGGUGAAGUCUCUGGCGGGUGCGGCUAUGUGGAAGGCGCAGGACGUGGUGGCUGAGAUGGGCCCGGUAAAGGCGGAGCUUGCGCGGAUGAGGGGAGCGGCGGAGCGGCAGGCGGCGGAGGUGGCGUACGUGAAGGCGACGGUGGCGCACUCGGAGGCGCGCAUCAACGACGCCGAGCUGGCGCUCGCCGCCAUCAAGGAUGGCCGCGCGGAGAAGAGCCGCGCCGAGCGCAACGAGGGCAGCGGGGAAGAGCAUGCGGGGGAGGAGAGACGCGAGGGGAAGAGGCGGAAGAGGGACGAGGCAGGGGAAAAGGGGGGAAUGGCUGGUGCUGCUGCGGGCGCUGGUCGUGCGCUGAUUGCGAAUGGUGGUGAAGCUGUAAUAAAGCGGAAUGAGGCAGAAAAGGGUGGCGAAGCGCCGGGGCGGAAGAAUGGUGUAGCGUGCGACACAAAGGCUGAGCUGCAGACCCUGAGGGCGCGAGUGAAAGCGCUGGAGAAAAUGAGCACCGUAGGAAGCAGGUCGUGGGAGGCACUGACGAUGAUAUGGAGCGAAGCGAUUCCAGACAUGACAGAGGUGAACCUCAGCGGCAUUCCCUUCCUCACCGACACUGCUCUCACACAAGUUGCCAACUUUAGCUCUCUAACCUCGCUGAACCUCAACGAUACCUUGGGCUUCACAGGAGCAGGGCUGAAAGGGCUCUUUUCUCUCACGGGUCUCACAUGCCUUAGCUUACAGAGCACAGCCACAACAGACGCGGCUCUUGAAGGCAUUUCCAGCUUGCAGAAUCUUUCCUCACUUGACCUUUCUUAUACCAAGAUAACCGAUGUGGGGAUAGCAAAGCUGCAGGGGAUGACGGCACUCGUGCACCUUCUCUUAGGGGCAUGUGCGGCGGUCACCAAUGCCAGCAUGGUGCAUGUGGGGAAGCUGACAGGGCUGGAAUUUCUCACUCUGAGUGACACUGGAGUGACAGAGGAUGGGCUGCUGCGCUUGAGUACGCUCGCUUCACUGAAGCUCCUCGUCUUGCCUCCAGGGGUGACUGAUUCUGGCAUGAAGCACCUGAGGAAUUUGAAACGCUUGGAGAAGCUCGGGCUGUGGGAUGCUAAGAUCACUGCUGCCGGUGUCAAGUGGCUCAAGGGGCUCAAGUGGCUCCAGGCGAUUGCAACAGACGCAGAGGAUGUUGCAGAGCCGCGCGCGGCGAUGGGCGAGCAGCAGGUGGUGGGCGACUUUCUCAAGGUCACGCCCAAGCGCUAUGCGCCAGCGGCGCCCGUGGAGACGGUGGAAAGCGGCGGAGCCGCUGAUCGGCAACGUGACGACCAUCGACUUCUGCCCCUCCGCGCCCUUCCACUUCGCCGCCACCCACUCCACCCGCGUGCGCCACCCUCGCCACUCUCACCCUACCACUUUGCCGCCACCCUCAACCCCCGUGCGACGUGUUUUCUUCUCAGUCUCGACCUGUGUGUGCACGUUGUCAACACGCGCAACAAGUAA